AUGGCCAAUAACUCUCGUCUCAUUAUCGUCUCUCUCAUUGGAGUUCUUUUGUUCACCAUCAUUUCAAAUGCGGCAUCAUCUAACAAUGUCGUUUCCACCAUCUGUCCAAAAACCUCAAACCUGCCAUUUUGUUCAAGUGUGUUGAAAUCUGCUGGCACUACAGAUCUAAAAGGCUUGACUAUAUACACCUUAAACCUUGCCCAUACAAAUGCUCGCAAGUCUUUAACCCUAGCCAACUCAUUGGCAAAAUCCACCACCAAUCCUCAACUUAAGCAGCGUUAUUUUUCUUGUGCUGAGAACUAUGAUGAAGCUGUUGGUGACAUUGAAAAUGCCCAAAAGAACUUGGCACUUGGUGACUUUAAUGCUGUAAAUAUUGUAACAUCCGGUGCCAUGACUGAGAUUAAUGAAUGUCAGGAUAAGUUAGCACAACCAUCGAAGAAUACGUUGUUGCUUUUGAAAAAUGGAAAGACUAUAAAUGAUAUAUGCAACAUUAUUUUGGUUGUAUCCAAUCUUCUUUGA